AUGGCCAAUCAACCCAUCACAACUCCGUCUUCUUCUUCUUCUAGCUCCUCUUCAUCUUCUACACCACCACGUCAAGCAUUACUUCAAAAUCUGACCACACAAUCCUUACUUCUGACUCAGUUAUUCUCUCUCCUAUCUUCACAAUCAUCAACGAACCAACAACCAAACGGGGCGGAACAGAUCUAUGCAGCAAUACAAUUAUCUACUUUGGAUUUAUCGAAUUUAGUAAGAGAGACUUAUGCACAUCAGGAUGAAUGGCGCGAAUUACAAUCUAAGAAACGACAAGUGGAAUUGUUAGAAGGGAGAGUAAGGUCUUUGAUGAAAACGUUAGAAAGUGGAAGGAUCGAAUUGGAAGGUCUAGUGGAGGAUGGACAAGUCAUCAAGAAAAGUAUUGAACAGAGUGAGAAGAACCCAGUACACGCUGCCACCUUGCUAUCUCACGCACAUUCCCUCGCUCGGCACUCUUCAGCACCGAUCUCAUCCCUCAUGGCGGACGUCGACAAAGCUCAAUACCAACCUUGGCCUACAGAGAUGAGUAUGAGGAUGGGUCUGUUGUUCCAGAUGAGCGGAGAAGGUAUGGGUGGUAUGGGUCAGAAAGGUACCGUUGGUGAAGAAACAAAAGCUACUGCAGAAACAGUCGAACAACCUCAACCUACGAUCAUACACGAAGAACCUUCAAGGAGAUACGAUCCAAAUGCUGUAUUUACAUUAGACUUGAACUCGGACGAUUCAGAUGACGAUUAG